AUGCAGGCGGAGGAGGUCUCAGAGGAGACGGACCCUAUGGUGGACAUUCUGGUCCCUGAAGGCCCUUCGAGUGUGGCUUUGCCCCUCAUUAAAACUAUCCAGAACACCACUAAAGUGCUAUGGCAAACACUCACCUCUCUUCCCCCUCUCCCCCCCGUGAAAGGGGUAGAGCAGAAAUAUUUUGUGCCAUCCAGGGGGUAUGAGAACCUGUUUACCCAUCCUCAACUGGGUGUUCUGGUGGUGGAGGCGGCCAACCAGAAAGAGAGACAGGAACAGUCGGGACCGAUUCCUAAGUCUAAAGAGGUGAAGAAGCUGGAUCUCUUCGGUCAGAAGACUUGUCUCCAUUUACAUGGUAUCUUUCCUUAUCUCUACGUGCCAUACGAUGGUUAUGGGAAGCAGUCAGAACACUAUCUUCGUCAGGUGGCAUUCAGCAUUGACCGAGCACUCAAUGUGGCUUUAGGCAAUCCAUCUUCUACUGUUCAACAUGUGUUCAAAGUGUCAUUAGUAUCUGGAAUGCCUUUUUAUGGUUAUCAUGAAAAGGAGAGAGAGUUUAUGAAGAUCUAUCUUUACAAUCCUUCAAUGGUGAAAAGAGUAUGUGAGCUUUUACAAGGUGGAGCCAUAAUGAAUAAAUUUUACCAGCCUCAUGAAGCCCAUAUUCCCUACCUCCUGCAACUGUUUAUAGACUACAACCUGUAUGGAAUGAAUUUAAUAAACCUGGCUGCUGUCAAAUUCAGAAAGGCAAAGAGAAGAAGUGAUACUUUAGGUGGAAUUGGAUGUUACAAAGAUCAUUUACCAGAAAAUUCCAUUACUGGAACUUUUUUUCGAUGGGAAGAGGAUGAAAUACCAAGGUCAGCAUGUCUAAACAACUUUUUUUAAAAUAAUAAUACACUAAUAUGUAAAGAAGACAGAAACUUAUGGGCAGUUAAAUGUAUUCACCCUGAAUGACCUCUGAAUUCCAGUGUUUAAUUUUAAUUAUCCCAGUAUGCCAUUUUUCUUUGUGCAAAGAAUGCAAAAAUUAGUCACGACAUAGGUAAUAAUUUUGUGUUACUUUAGUUUUGUAUGACGAGGACUCAUUUAACCAUCAUCUCUUUUUCAGGAUUUUGUUACUUGGUUGUAAAAACUCACUGUAGUAUAAAACUUGAAAUACAAAUGUAAAAUUCAGAUGUCAGUUAUUUUUUAA